UUUAAAGUGCAUUUGGCGCAUGCGUAUAUUCAGCUAAAAGUACUAGAAAUUUCACAAACAAGGGAAUGGCUUCUCCCCAAGCAGGGGUGGCUUAUCAGCCUAUGAAUUUUGAUCAAGGUGUAGCCGCGCCGUAUACACUGGUAAAUGUUGAUGGAAGUGGUAAUAUUAUCCAGCCUCAAACCCAGAAUCGGCCACAGACCACAAACCUGGAUAUUUUUAUGUGGGUACUGGCUGCGUUUGGAACAGUUGUAGCAUGUCCGUUCGGCAUAUUCUCGAUAUGCUAUGCAUACAUGUCCAAAGAUGAGGCUUUUUAUCCUAUGAGGAGAUACUACAGAUUUACGGCCAUGCUGGUGUCUUCUGUCGCCAUAUUGUCUUUUGUUAUUACCGUUAUCUGGACCAUGUCGGUCUUUGGGCUAAGUAGAUACUAAGCUUGAGUUGAUGUAUCUUGUUUGCUAAUAAGCCCGUUCUGUGAUCACAGAUUGUUAACUACAAUGGACAAUUAUCAUUGAUAUACUUGUUUAUAUUUUUUUGACAAUUUUUACGAGACCAUCUUUAAAAUUUGGUUUGAUUGCCCUUUCCCGGCCUAAUUAGUACAUAUAGGCCGAUUCAUAUUAAUUUUUUAAAUCGCCAUGAUUUCAUAAUUAUUUGCCGACUCCGGAAAUAAGAUUUUGUUAAUUCAGCAUGGUGUAAUUUUCCGGGAAAAAAUUUCAAUUUCGUCGAAAUUUUUUUUAUUCUGUGUCAAGAGAGGGCAAACAAAAAUAUUUUAAGGAGGCCUGAUGUAUACCAUAUAGUUUUCUCAACUGUCCCAAUUUUAAAUAUUUACGUAUAUAAUGUUUGAGCUCCUAUGAACUGUUUUGAGCAGCAUGCAUUUUUUAAAUAAGUAUAAUCGUAUUUUUAUAUAAACUAAAUCAACUGCUGAGAAAAGUAGAAUUUUUAUGAAAAAACAAACAAACAAGAAACAGUGUGUUUUUAUGGAUGUUCCACGUGUUUAAUGUAAUCAAUGAUUUCUUGUUAAUUUGUUUCUUAAACAUUUUUGUGAUAUUUAUGUUCAUACUGUACAUAUUUGCUUUAUCAAAGAAUUAAUCUUACAUUCUGAAUAAUUUCUUCUUUCAAGUUUUCAAGUUUUUUUUUAAAUUAUCAAUAUUUCAUAUGUUUGUUUUGCUUCGCCUUUUUAUAAACAUUUAAUUUAUUCCCUCGAAAUGUUUUUUUUCUUAGCUUUGAGAGAUUUGUUUAUUCAUAUUGAGUACCGGUGGGGUACAUAGAUACUGUAUUGUAAAAAUUCUAAUAAAAAUAAGUUAUAUAUAGUA